AUGGCAUCUGACAAAGAGCUCGCGAGUCUUGUAACGGCGGAUCCAGGCCUUCCACGACCAAAUCCAACCCAAUCAUACUGGCAACAUAUCCCUCAUCCCCUCGCGAAUACCCGGUCAGAAAGUCUACCUAGCGAAAGAGACUAUGCCAUCAUUGGAUCCGGCAUCACAGGGUGCUCUGUCGCCAAGACCCUAUUAGAGCACCACCCGACCGCAACAGUCACUGUCCUCGAGGCUCGUACACUUUGUUCUGGGGCGACAGGACGCAAUGGCGGUCAGAUGGCUGCUAAUGCAGGAGAAGAAUAUAUGCAUCUUGCCGAGAAGAUGCAAGAACUGAUAGAAGAAUAUGAUGCUGUUGAGGCUAGCGAGAUGCAGAAGCUUCAGAAGUUGCGUGUCUUUAUGACGGAUAGCAAGUUUGAGGAUUUUCAGGAGAGUAUUGCGCGUCUAGAGGCGGAUCAUCCUUCCAUGAAGGGUAUCUAUACAAUUCUUGAUGCUGAUACGGUACUCAAGGAAUAUGGGAUCCACGGAGCUUCCGGCGGUGCCUUGCUCCCAGCCGGUACAGUGUGGCCAUAUCGUCUGGUCACCAAGGUUUUCGACGCCCUCCUGAAGAAAUACCCAGGUCGACUGACCAUUGAAACCAACACGGCCGUAGAGGCCGUUGAGUACGAUGAGAAGUUCCUAACGCCCAUAACGUCUGUUUUCCCCUAUACGUUGCGCACAUCUCGAGGACCAAUGAGAGCGGCCAGCGUGAUAUACUGCACAAACGGGUAUAGCGGACAUCUCCUCCCAUGCUUACGGGGACGAAUCCACCCGUUCAAGGGAACCAUGACAGUUCAGGAUCCAGGUACUUCGAUACCUAAUCAAGGAAAAUUCGUGUCAUGGGGAUUCCAUUAUCCGCCAACAUAUGAGCCAGACACUCAGCGUCACGGAUAUGGAUUGUACUACCUUGGUCAAAGCGCCAAGACGGGAUAUUUCUAUUUUGGAGGCGAGAACACACGCAUAGAUGAAGCUGUGUCGGCGGAUGAUAGCUUUGUUGCUUCGCAUUCUGUUUCUCAUCUGCAAUCUGUUCUCCCGCGGUUCUUUGGAAAGAGAGGAUAA